GUCUGCCGUUGAAUAUGAAUAAGCGAAAUAUAAAUUUCAUGUGUCUCACUGCCUGAUGUAGAACGUGGCGGGCCUGGUUGUUAUAAACCGUGCGCAUCAGUUUAACGUCAGUCGCAUCCACUGAGUAAAGAUAAACUGAUCGCAUACAUUCAAACAACUCGAGGGAUGCUAGGGCAGCUUAAAACCGGUGAUUAUUUGGCAGUGGCCGGAUAUUUUGUGCUUGUGCUGGGUGUAGGAAUAUGGGCGAGUAUACGGAGAGGUACAAACAGCACGGAGAGCUACUUUCUGGCCGGGAAACAUAUGACGUGGCUACCGGUAGGAGCAUCUUUGUUCGCAAGCAAUGUUGGUGCCCCGAUGUUCAUUGGCUUAGCUGGAGCCGGGGCUGCAUCCGGGUACUCAGUUGUGCUUUAUGAAUGGGCGGCAGUUUUCCUGCUGGUGGCUCUGGGUUGGUUUUUUGUGCCUGUGUUCGUCGCUAGUGGGGCCUACACUAUGCCGGAAUAUCUGAUGAAGCGAUUCGGUGGAGUUCGUCUCAGGAUCUGCCUCUCCAUCCUUUCACUGUUUCUGUAUGUCUUGACGAAGAUAUCGGCUGAAAUCUACUGCGGGGCUCUAUUCAUGCAGCUACUUCUUGGCUGGAAUCUCUACAUAUGCAUCAUAAGCAUUCUGGCCGUUACAGCUGUCUAUACAGUCAUAGGUGGUAUUGUUGCAGUAAUGUACACGGACACACUGCAAACAGUAAUAAUCUCAAUAGGGGCCUGUGUUCUCACAUACAGAGGCUUCCAAGAAAUCCACGGCUUCGAUGGCUUAGAAGAAGGGUUUGUGACCGCAGUCUCCAAUACAACAAAGACUAAUGUCACCCACUACAGCUGUGGUCUUCCCCCGAAGGACUCUUUGCACAUAUGGAGAGAUCCCGUGCAUGGGGAUAUACCAUGGCCAGGUGCUGUCUUUGGUCUUUUAAUCAUUGGCUCGUGGGUGUGGUGCACUGAUCAGUUGAUGGUGCAGCGAACUCUCGCUGCUAAGAACAUCAGUCAUGCUAAAGGUGGAUCCCUGUUAGCCGGUGCCCUGAAGAUAUUACCCUUCUUCCUCUGGAUCAUUCCAGGGAUGAUUAGUCGGAUCCUCUACCCAGAUGAAAUCGCAUGUUCUUCACCUGAACGAUGUUAUGAAGUAUGUCAGAAUGAAGCUGGAUGUACAAACAUCGCCUAUCCCAUCCUGGUGUUGAGGCUUUUACCGGAAGGUCUCCGGGGUCUGAUGCUUGCUGCUUUGCUUGCUGCCCUCAUGAGCUCCCUGACCUCCAUCUUCAACAGUGCAAGUAGCAUGUUCACUAUGGACAUCUGGCCUCUGAUCAGAAAGAAACCAUCGGAAAAUGAACUGAUGAUAGUUGGACGAGUAGCAGUGCUCGCCUGUACAGCAAUUGGCAUACUGUGGUUACCAGUGUUACAAUAUGCCCAAGGAGGGCAACUGUGGGGAUACUUGCAAUCUGUAACCGCCUACACUGCCCCUCCUUGGACAACGCUGUUUAUGUUUGCUCUUCUGUGGAAACGGACAUCUGAACAGGGAGCCUUCUGGGGUUUGAUCGCGGGGCUGGUUGUUGGAAUAAUCCGCAUGGUCGUGGACUUCACAUACCCAGCCCCUUACUGUGGCAGUGGAGAGGAAGACACUCGCCCGGGAGUUUUGAAGCAUGUGCAUUUUCUCUACUUCUCCAUGAUCUCGGCUACUGUCACCUCUAUUGUCAUCGUCCUUGUCAGCCUGUGUACAGAUCCCAGAACAGAAGCUCAGCUUGGCCGCACUACUUGGUGGACACGUCAUCAUGCUGCUCCUGACUUGGAACUAGAGGAGGGGAGCGAUGACGCCGACGGGAACAGGACAGAAGACAAUGGAGACACGGAUGACAGUGAGGAGGGAAGGGACGAUGGCAAGGUCGGAGAAUGUGCAUUUAGUACAGGGAACAUAACACAACCCACUGACAUACAGAGCGAGGUUGACGAUGAUGUUGCAGUGCAGAGCUACGAAGGGAAAAGGACAAACAUGGACGCGUACAAACACAUAGGUAUGUGGAUGUGUGGGAUGACACAAAGACGGCCCCAGAGACUUUCGUCAACUGAACGAUCUGCCAUUCAGAAGCGGUUCACCAGUUUGGAAGAAGAUAAAUCAACAAAAUCAGCUUUGAAUAUAAUCGCAAUUGGACUGUUAAUGAUGACUGUUUUCCUUUGUGGUUAUUUCAGUUAAAUCUCACUAUUUUUAACUCAACCUUCAUAAAGUUCUUUUAACAAUCACGCCUGCACUGUAUAAAGACAUGAGGUUAUCUGCUCAUGAAUUGAUUAUGUACACUGAUUGCAACCCGUUCACGUCGAGCUCAUUGGGAGAUUAUUGUGCAAUAAAAUAUAUACG